UGUGGGCCGAGCGAAGUGGGGGGAGAGAUCGAUCGUUGGUGGGAGAGACGGGGCUCGGGGCCCGGCUUAGCGAGGAGACAGCGAAGCCUUUCAGUUGUUCACCAGAGGUCGGCCGUUCGUGUGCGUCGAGUCGAUUUGCGGCCUCUGUCCAGGAUAACUGUAAAUCCGUGACAAAGAGAGAGAGGGAGAGAGAGACAAUAAAGAGAGAAAAGGACAGGCAGUAAGAGAGAAAGAAAGAAAGACAGAGACCUUGGACUGACCGAGAACAGAGAGAGGCUGAUCUAUCUCUGGACUUCGCGAAUGUCAUGCAUCAUCGUUAACAGUGAAUCGUUAACACUAUCGAAACAGUGGUCAGAGAAGAAAUUUUCAAUUUGCUUCGUACUCAAAUGUUCUUGCCACGAACAUGUUUCUUCUAAUGCUUCGAGAUGGAUAUUAAUUGGAGAUGCGAGCACGUCUAGCUUGCUACUGUGGAUCACUGACAUCGCUGUAAUUCUUGGGAUUCUACUUUGCUGGCAAAAAAGUGAUACACACACGUUCGCCGUACGUUGCGGUGCUUUUGAGAACAGACAGUGAUUACCUGAUUACCAUUAGAAGCACGUUCGGAGAGACUGAAAGAAUAAUCAUUGAUGCGGUUGAUGAUUCUAAGGAACGCAACUGCUACCGGUCGUGGGAAUGGUGGCGUGAAACUAUAGGGUGAAGUGUCACGUUAGCGCGCGUCAACUUCCGUCAGGAUGCCGAAAAUCUUCCUGAUCAAGAACCGGCUACAUCAGCAGCAGCUAAGGCUGCUGGAGGCACAACACCUUGGGAAGAGUCCGCCACCUUGUAAUGACAAGGGAAGUCCUCUCGACAGUGAAUCCGAACCGCUUAGCCUUAUCGUGAAUAAACACCAAUAUCGUGAGAAAACGGACGAUGAUCGAGCGACAACCCCGGAAUCGUUACGCAGCAGUAGCCCAGUAUCUUCGCCACCACCACAAUGGCAGUCAACGAACACACCAAAUAACGCACCAACUAAUGCAUCAAUUAGCACAGCACCACGGCGAUUCAUUUCGAGCAUCCUCGGCGGAGAUAUCCCGUAUGGAAGUAGAGGGCAUGUUAUGACUAGAGCGGAACGUAAGGACUACAGUAGCCCACCGAUCGCACCCUCCUCCAACGAUACUACUCAAUUUAUCGCGAAAUCGGAGAAGCUGGUGCUGCCAAGACCGAGCACACCUCCAAAGACACCAAGGGUCGAACCACCGACCAGGGUUUCGGUCAUUCAAAGGGUUCCUUCACAAAGCCAAUCGACGUCCAGAAGGGAAGAUAAGAUCGAGAUACCACAAACUCAAGAACCGGAACAGGAGCAGCCAAUUGAUUACGCGGUACCGAAGAGAAAAGAAGAAGACGAAGAACGAGGCCGCGAAGGCGCAAAAGUUUCGCGCGCGAUCGGUAACUCGAUUGCUAGGCCACUUUUGAACAUGAGACUGUCCGGACCCCAAAUAGUCCACGCCGCUGCUGGUCACGGAAGAACAUCAAAUUCCGGUAAUUCCGGCAGUUCGGGUUCCAGCGGCUCGAAUAAUUCGGGAAGUUCUACUUCGUCAAAUUCGGGCGGAAGCGGCAGCUACUGCGGCGGUGGUGCUGUCACAGGUGGAAGCGGAGGUGGCGGUGCUGUUGGUGGAGGCGCUGGAGGAGGUAUGAAUCCUGGGGGUAACGGUGGUCGUGGCAACUAUGGGCCAAGUUCGCCACCUACUGGUUCCUUGCCACCUUUCUACGAGUCACUGAAAGGCGGGAAUAAUUUAGCAAAUUUUGCCAAUCAAUACAACAGCACUCAAGGGAACGGUUACCUGAUACCAUCGCCGGCAGUAGGGAUGGAGUGCGACGCCGGCCAGCAAGAUGUGAACUCGCAGCAUUCGCAGUACAACGCCCAAGAGGGCAAACAGUACUCCCUGCUACAGAAUGUUUGCGCGUCGUACGGCCUAACAUUGAAGGAGGAGGAAGAUCUGUCCCCUUACAAGAUCCAGGCGAACGAUUUACUAUCUGGACAGUACGGCGCUUACGACGAUACUGGAAUGAUGAUGGACAUGGUAACCAGCGCUGUUGUGGAUCCUCUUCAGUUCACCGCCACAUUAACAUUUAGUUCCCCGUCGGAUCACACCGCUCUCCUCGAGAGUUUGAGCGACGCUGCUGAUUUGUUUCUACCAAGGUUACCGACUGAGGACGGCAGCAACGAUCUCCUCGAGGAAUCGUUGCACUCGCCAGCCUCGGCUGCAAGCGGGAUCGGCCAGGAUGGAGGUCAAAUGACAACACCCGUGGAACCGAGUGUCGAUCCUUUCCCGGAGCACAACAUGGCUUUGACGAGGGGUUUCGACACGUCGAGACACUACACUGCAGCUCCUCAACAUUUCAACACGCCCAAACUAGGAUUGAGUUAUACCACCGGCGAGUCGAGUUAUCAGUCUGUUUCCAAGGAACGUCCGGAAUUGGCGCUUCAUAUUAAUCAAAGUCAUCAACACCAGUCGGAGCCGCAGCUGCAACAGUUGCAAAUACAAGUGCAGUUGCAGCAACAGCAACAGCAACAGCAGCAGCAACAGCAGCAGCAGCAUCAGCAGCAACAAUCCGCAACAACCUCUCAACAGCAACACCAAGGACUACUCAGUCCAGGAUUAAGCUUCACCGGUAGUGGUCUGGAACUAGAUUCAGGUAGCAGUGUGGGCGGAAGUUUACCAAGUCCGGGAGCAGCGAGCUGUUCCUUGGACGCCGCCUCGACCAGCACAUCGCCGUCCUGUGCUCUGAUGGAGCAUGCACCGAGUCCGGUAGCUACAGUUUCAUCCGCGUCGGUGAAUACCGUGCAACCGACUGGACCAGUCGGUGAACCGCCACUGUCGCAACGGGUCGGUGUACUUCAGCAAAGGCUGGGACUGCCCGGUGAUUGUCAGCUGGAGUUCGUAAACGGCGGCCACGGAAUUAAAAAUCCUCUGGCGAUCGAGGGUCAGAGACAGGCUGCGGCUAAUCGUGAGGAGGAGAGGGCGGCUCGACCUCCGCCUGGCAAGGAUGACGAUCCGAACCGCUUCACGUGUCAUGUGUGUAGCAAGAAUUUUAGCUUGCAACGACUGUUGAAUCGUCACAUGAAAUGUCACAGCGACGUGAAACGUUAUUUAUGCACGUUUUGCGGCAAAGGUUUCAACGAUACGUUCGACCUGAAGAGGCACACCAGGACGCACACCGGCGUUCGACCUUAUAAGUGCAAUCUUUGCGAAAAGAGUUUCACCCAGCGCUGCUCGCUCGAGAGCCAUUGCCUUAAGGUUCAUGGUGUUCAGCAUCAGUAUGCGUAUAAGGAACGUCGUACAAAGGUAUAUGUAUGCGAAGAAUGCGGUCACACGACUCAGGAGCCGGAGGUGCACUACCUCCAUUUAAAGGAUAAGCACCCAUACAGCCCAGCUUUGUUGAAGUUCUAUGAUAAGCGACAUUUCAAGUUCACCAACAGCAAUUUUGCCAACAUGUUGCUCCAGACACGAAAAAAGUAAAGGAAAUUACGAAGCUAGAUCAAUAGGGAGGGGGGGAGGGGAGGGGGAGGGAGGGGAGAAACGUAACAGACAAGAAAAAAAGAAAUCUGAUAUUCGAACAAAAAGAAUAGCAGAAAAGAAAACGAGACUCGAAAUUGUGACUGUUCAGGGUGGCUUGUUGCAACGGGACUCACGGAAUACGGACAGUUGUGUAAAGUCAGCCUCGAAAAGCCUCGAAGCACCUCUUCAACGUGCCACAACGUUGCUGCACCUGGGUCGAACUUCCAGUUUCUGAGGAGC